AAUUUCUUUAAUUUUCUUUCGUAUUAUUAAACUUUAAUUAGUUCAACUCUAAAAUCAACACAAAUAAGUACUAUUCAGUUAGCUAUAUUACAUGCAAAUUCAAGAAGCCACUGAAAAAUACCCUAGCCCACCUUCACCUUCUCAAAGCUACAAAGAAAGUAUUAAAUAUGAAGAGUCUGUCAUUGAAGAGGAUGCCGAAUCUAUGACAAAUGAGUUUGGGCACGGUAAUGGAAAUUUCUGGACAGGCUAUUUCAAUGUUACUUGUAUUGUUGCAGGUACUGGUACCUUAGGGCUACCUCAUGCCUUUGCUUUAGGUGGCUGGAUUGGUAUUUUUAUCUUGCUUUUAUCCUACCUGAUGGCUAUUUACAGUGGUAUUAUUUUAAUCCGCUGUUUGUAUUAUAAACCAGGUCAACGUCUUCAUGAUUAUAAGUCUGUGGGUACUGCUGCCUUUGGCUGGUUAGGUUAUGGUGUUGCCUCUUUUCUCCAUUGGCUUAAUCUUUUCGGUUGUCCUGCUCUUUAUUUAGUGCUUGCUAGCAGUAAUAUGAACUAUUUACUCCGUUAUACUCAAGCUGCUCUGGAUUUUAAGAGUUGGUGUUGUAUCAUUGGUGCUGUUCUUUUGAUCCCUUCUUUAAUCACUAAAACGUUGAGGGAAGUCUCUGUUCUUUCCGCUGUAGGCGCUCUUUGUACAAUGAUAGCUGUCUUUAUUGUUGCUAUCCAAUCACCUCUUGAUCAUAACAGUAACCCUAAUAUUCAUACUGUUACUGAUUCUGUUAUCUGGACUGGUUUUCCUUCUGCUCUUUCCACUAUCGCCUUUUCUUAUGGUGGUAUUAACACUUAUCCUCAUGUUGAGCAUGCUCUUAAGAAGCCAAAUCAAUGGAAAUGGUGUGUUAUUUUCGGUUUAGGUACUUGUACUAUUCUUUAUCUCUUGACCGCUGUCCCUGGUUAUUGGGCAUUUGGUCGCGAAACAUUAAGUCCUAUUUAUAACAAUUUAAAUGAUCAAAGAAAAGGAAAAAUUAUUGCUAUCAUUGUCAUGACUAUUCACGUUAUCCUUGCCAUUCCUAUAUAUACUACAUCUUUCUCACUUGAGUUUGAAAAAUGGACUAACAUUACAGAUGAAAGACUUGGUAAAUUGAAAGCAUGGCUUAUUAGAGCUAUUAUUCGUACCUGUACUAUGGCCGUUCUUGUUAUUCUUGCCAUUUUUAUUCCUUAUUUUGGUGAUUUCAUGAGUCUUAUUGGUGCUCUUUCUAACUGUGGGCUUGUUUUCCUUUUGCCCGUCUUAUGUUAUCUUAAAUUAACUGGUUUUCGUAACAAGCCAAUUUAUGAGCUUGCCUUCUGCGCUCUUACUAUCUUCAUGGGCAUUGUUGGUUGUAUAUUUGGUACCAUUGAUGCUAUUAAGGCUCUUGUUUCAGAUUUUACAAGUUAACUUUUGAUCCUGUUUUUUUUUAUACCAUAUAUCCCAUCUACACCUUUUCAUUUUUUUUUAACUAGAUGAUUUUAUUUUUAUAUAUAAUUGUACAUAAAUAAUUUUAUAUCAUUUGUAAUUUGUUUCUAAACUUUUUUUAAAGAAGGUUCAAUAAGUUACGACUUAUUAUCAAAAUUAAUUCUUUUUGUAUUAAUCUAUAUCGUCUAUUAUUCUUUUCCUUAACAUAGCUGAACGAAUCAAUAAAAU